AUGUGGAGAUCAGCACGGCAUUAUCGCAGACUCCAGGCGGUCCCUGGACGCUCUUCGCUAACUCCGCUUGGAUAUGCUUCGCGGGCGCAACAUCCAAUUUCUCAGCCGUCCAUUCUCUUGCCCCCACCUUCUGUGACAUCCUCCAUGCUAUCAGUUUCAUUCAGUUCCACCACAUCUUCAGAGUCUGCACCUGCAGCCCCAAAGAGGAUUACGAAGUCACAGAUAAUGUUUGAACGAACGAAUGAGUUACUUCGAACAUCACCAGAAUCAAUCACAUGGGAAAUGAAAGACUGGAGACUAGCCGAAAAGUAUUUACACGCACUAUCUCGGCAGCCUUCCCAUACCAGUGACAUUAUUCGGUUAUCAUUUUCCUUACUGGAACGUAUGGUGUUGAUGGCAGAAAGGAAUCCUGAGUUUCGUAUGAAUACAGAACAUUUGAACAUUAUUGUCAACAAAUGGAGGAUAGGGACGCGAUACAAUGUAGUUCAUCGAAAAAAGUAUUCGGCACCGAAAGUAUUGGCUAUGAUUGAUGAUUUUUGCGUUCGCAUUCCAACGCUACGGCCAGAUACCAAGACUUAUGCCAUGAUCAUGGCAGUGCAAACAAAACUAGACCCAUCUCGAAGCCCAACCUUUUGCACCGAAAUUCUGAACCGAAUGAAACCAGGUUCCUCAGCACCUCCCAAUUCCAUUGCACUGACAAACUUGAUGGACGCCCAUGUAAGAGGUCAAGGGAAAGAUUUCACAUUGUCCACCUUAGCCAUUUUUGAUCACAUGGUGAACUCCUCGGAUCGAACGAUGCAACCGAACGUCAAGUCGUUAACUCGAGCUCUGGAGUCUUUGUUGACUAGUGGCUGGAAAAAUGAAGAAGCGGUGCCUCACAUGAAUCGCGUAUUGGGUGAUAUGCUAAGCAGGAAAGGCAGACUUCCCAACUCGCAGUUUCUGAGCUUGGCCCUUUCAUUUUGUCUUGGUGAUGAGGUGAAGCAGCGGAAAUCCACACCUCAGCUGGCAGAUGCUUUGAUGACUGUGGUGGAAGAAAAGGCCAAGCGAUACCCGCAAAUAGCGCCAGAAGGAGCUGCCUAUGCCAAUACGAUAAAUUUACUGGCCAAGAGUGAUGAUCUAUCUGCUCCAGAACGUGCCGAGUAUUGGCUGCAACAAAUGCUGGCAUCGUCCAAACGAAACAAGCCGAAAGUAGGUGAACCACGAGCAAGUCUAUAUACAUCAGUUAUUGCUGCAUGGGAACGAUCAGGGUUGCCCAUUGCACCAACUCGGGCAGAAACUAUCUUCGAUGAAAUGAUGGAAAAUACCACCAGUGUCACUCCGGGUGCAUACUAUCUUCUGAUCUCGUUAUGGUCCAAAAGUGACUUGCCAGAGGCUCCUGUAAAGGCAGAGGAAAAGCUGAGACAAAUGAUUGCAAAAUCCAAGUACAACCCGAAACUUGUUCCAUCUCUUCUGUCAUUUGUCAAUGUCAUAUCCGCGUGGAAAAGAAGUACCGUCGAUGAGGCGCCAGAACGAGCACAUGCCAUUUUAGAUCUCUUACUCGAUGUCAAAGCGAGGAAUUCGCAUGUUGAACUCAAUGAGAUUCCGUUCAACAUCGUCAUCAAUGCUUGGGCGUCAAGUGGGUCGAAUUUGGCUGAAGCAAAGGUUGAUGAGAUCAUCAGCCGUAUGAAUGCUCAGGCUUCAAGCAACCCUGGUGCCGCACCGUCGAUAGUUACCGCUCUGAGUGCAAUGAAGUGUUUAUCAUGCAUUGGUGAUGGACCCAAGAAAACGUUGAAGCUGUUGGACAUGAUGGACAGUGGCAUCAGAAAUGGAAACACAAGCAACCAGCAUCUUCGUUCCCGCCUUUAUGAAGAGGCGCUUAAGCUUUGGCAAAAGUCAACGUUAGCGGACGCCCCUCAGCAAGCGGAACAAAUCCUUCACCGAUACCUUGCAGAGCCAAAUAGGUAUCAGAAUACCAAAACGACAAAGGCAUGCUUUGAAAUUGUAUUGGAACUUUGGCAGGCCGAUGGCUCCGCAGAAGCAUCAGAACGACUCGAAUCAUGCCUCAAAGAGCUGGAGCGAAGAGCAGACGAUCUUUUGAAAAGCGGAUCAAAUGUUGAACUUUACGCCUUUCUCGCCCAGUCAUUGGCGAGAAGUGGUUUACCGAAGGCCGCGACCCGCGCCGAAAGUGUUCUUGAUUUGAUUACUGAGCGAGUUUCCUAUGCAGAUCGACGAUUAACGGAAGCCACCAUCUCUCAUACCCUCGAUACAUUUGCAUUCCUUGGUAACUUUGAACGUUUGGAAAUAUUCUUGAGCAGCAUGGGGAAAGGUCUUUCUCACGGUGCUGGAAGCGACAAAAUUCCAAACACUUACUACAGUACAAUUUCUGCACUUGUGAAUAUCAACGAAAUGCAUACUGCUCACCGAGUCUUACUAGCAAUGGUUCAUGGUUUCAAUGAAAGUGGUUCCUCGAUAAAACCAACGGCACGGUGUUUCGGGCCCAUCAUGAAGGGUUAUGCAGAUGCUGGCGAACACGAGAAGGUCCAUGAUCUAUGGACCCAACUCAAUCAAAUCCAAUCCGAAAACAGUGAGGAUCCAGAUUUCUUUCCAAGCACGAGUAUUCUUGCAGCAUUGUGCAAAAGUGAACCUCGAAAUGCGAUACGAGACCAUGCUAUUCUGCACCACUUACUCGAACAGUCGCAAGUCAACGAUGACGAUACACCUGACGCUGAAUUGAUCUACUCUGUUCUCGAUGCUUUAGUGCAAAGCAGGGACUCGAAUGCUGGAAGUAGUGCGGAAAUGACUUUAUUGAAAAUGCAGGAGUUGUACGAAGAAGGUCGUUUGGCACAACCAACUUUUCAAGCAUUCCAAAAGGCUAUUGAUUGUUGGGCAUUUGCAGAUAUGGAUGGUUCAACGGAGCGUGCAGAAAGAUUGCUACACUUUGCAGAAGCAUUGUCAGAUGAUGGUGACCUUCACCUUAGACCAACUUAUGAAGGUUAUAAGUCUGUUAUCAGUGCAUGGGCCACAUCUCAUAUGAAUGAAGCACCAGAGCGUAUUCAGAGGCAUAUCCGGAAGAUUAAACAGCGACAUGACAUGGGAGAGGAGGAAUUCAAGAUAGAUAGCGAAAUCUACGCUUCCUUGAUAAAAGCGUAUGCAAAUAGCGGAAGGGAUGAUGCGACCUUGAUGGCACAGACUGUUUUCGACAAUACUCCCGUUGAAUACAAAACCACCAUACUUUUCAAUGCUCUGAUUGCAGCGCAGGGAGGCGAUGCACUACAAGCAGAAGCAAUUCUCAAUCAAAUGCAUGAAAAGUACCUCGCCGGAGACGUGAAUUCGAAACCAAAUACAAAAACCUUCAACAAUCUCAUUUCGUCGUGGUCAAAGUCUGGAAGUCCGAUGGCACCAUGGAGGGCUGAUAGUAUCUUCAAGCGCAUGGAAAAGCUUAGUAACAGCGGGCAACUAGAUGUCAAACCAGACGGUGAAACAUUUGAUACUGUCAUUGCGACGCUAUCAAACGAUUGGGGUGCAGAUGCUGCCAGCAAGGUUGAUCGUUACUUGGAGCUGAUGAGGGAUUACUUCCACUCGGGUCCUUCUGACUGCAUGCCAAGUGUCGUUGCGUAUACGUCUGCAAUCCGGGCUUGGGGUUCAAAUAUUGACGAUCCUCGCGCGGUGCUGAGAGCGAAAGCGUUGCUAGACGAAAUGCAUGAACUGGCUGGAGCAGGGGCAACAAGCGUGAAGCCAGACCAAAAUACCUAUCUUGUGUACCUAGAUGCACUCUCCAAGAGUGCUGUUGAAGGAAAGGAGGGGCUAGCGCAAGAUGCACUGAUAUCCAUGCAAGAGAACGGUGUUCAACCAGAUGAUGACCUUCUAAUCGUCCUUCAACGCUGCUCUAUACCGGUCGGUGCUGCGGCAACAUCGUUUUCAGUUUCAAUGAAUGAGGAGCCAGGAGAGUUUUCUGAUGUUUCGACGAGUGACCAAGACGAUCCGCUUGGGGACAAGCUUAACUCACUGCGACGACGAUAG